AUUAAAAAUCUGUUUUAUCGACAUCGAUCAAGUUCGGCCGUCGCUCCAGCAUCCUCUUAAGAUGGUCUUAGAUAUAAGAUCUGACUUCACAACUAGUUCUUAUUUCAAGACCGUCUUAAGUAAUGUCUUAAGACACUAACCCUCUGAUUGAUUCGUGACGUCUUAAGACUAUACUCAAGACGGUCUUGAAUAUAAGAAUCGACUAUGAAUACCGGCCUAUGAAUACCGGUCUGUGUUCCCGUCCUUGUUGCAGAAAACUUAUGGGUGCAUUUCGUUUCACACAUGGUGCAUCAUUUAUCCUUGUUCACCGAAUGUUAAACAAGAAUAGAUGAUGCAUUAUGUACAUCAUGCGUGAAAUGGGAUGCACCCUAUGAAAUGAUGGCAGGAAUCACAUGUCCUACAGACCUAGGUGCGGUCAAUGAAUCCGGGUUCACAGGUUCAUCGAUCGAUUCCACCGAUUCCACCUGCGCGGCGCAGGAUGCGCCCUAUGUACACGAUUUUUCGCGUUUAGGAGAACACCUCGCUCCACCUCCACCUCGCGAUUAAAUACUAAAAUUGUGUAUUCGCGGAGGACGCAGAGCACUAUUGCUUCAAUACGAGCAAAUACGAGUUACGUAAUAUCUUGAUUCAAUCAAAGACAUUUAAAGACAUAUAGACUUAAAGGCCUAUAGUGAAUUUCACGUUGAUUCGAUCGAGACAAAACUGUGGAUCGACUACGUGUGACCUCGAAGAGGCACAUACACCAACAUACACUAGAUCAGUAGAUUUAUCGCAUGAUACUAUGACCCUUAUGAAUGGGUCGGAAAGCAAUAUAGGGGUGUAAAGAAGAAGAAGACGUAAGCAGUAAGGAAAUCGCAACAUGUUGGAUUGGCUGUUUAUAUUACUGAAGAGCCAUUGCCAUGGAUUUCUUUCACAUUCCGUGUUAAUCGCCAUAACGGCGAUUUUUACUUUAGCGCGAGGUUCUAAACAUCUUGGGAAAACCAAACAGGGGACGAAGAAGAAGAAGAAGAAGAAGAAGAUUCUGAACAUCUCGUUAAUAUUUUAACAAAAUGGAGGCACUUGUAAAUUUUUGGGAGAAACAUCUUCUUGAAAUAGUUUUAUGCAUAAUAUGGCUAUUGAGCUUUUGGGAGCAUUAUUUAAGUUUCCGCCAGAGAGCAUUGAUGCAACGUCUGGUUGAUUUACCCAAAUCGCUUGAGGGCUUGAUAAGUAAAGAUACGUAUGAUAAGGCUCGUGCAUAUGAGUUAGACAGAAAUACCUUCAGUAAUGUACAGGAUAUGUAUUCUAAGAUUUAUAAUACCUUAAUGCUGAUAUUUUAUGGCUAUUCCUUUUUCUGGCAAUGGAGCAUUAAAAUAACAAAGUAUUAUGGUUUCAAUCACGAGAAUGAAAUGGUGGUAAGCAACGUAUGUUGCUUUAUCUUAAGCAUAUUUUUCCACAUAAUCAGUCUGCCAAUGGUGAUAUAUGAUACUUUUGUUUUGGAACAGAAACAUGGCUUCAAUAAACAAACAGCUAUGUUUUUUAUUAAAGACGAAAUUAAGAGGUUCCUCGUGACUCAAAUUAUCAGUUUACCUCUUUCGUGUGGUGUAAUUUGGAUUGUGCAAAAUGGUGGCGAUUAUUUCUUCUGGUACUUGUGGAUAUUAACUGUGCUAGUAACGUUAUUUUUAAUGAUUUUGUAUCCAGAAGUAAUUGCACCAUUAUUUGACAAAUAUUCACCAUUGCCCGAGGGUGAAUUAAAGCAAAAGAUCGAAGAAUUGGCAGCUUCCUUGAAAUAUCCUUUGUACAAGUUGUUUAUAGUUGAAGGCUCCAAGAGAUCGUCACACAGCAAUGCCUAUCUAUACGGUUUUUAUAAAUACAAGAGGAUAGUUCUCUUUGAUACACUCAUUAAGGAUUAUUGCAAGAAAGACGGCAAUGAUGCCGAUAAAGAGUCUGGUUGUGAUACGAAUGAAAUACUGGCGGUACUCGCGCAUGAAUUGGGUCAUUGGAAACAUAAUCAUGCUUUGAAAGGAUUUCUGCUGAGUCAGAUAAUACUUGUAGCCAAUUUUGUUAUGUUUGCCAAACUCUUGCGAUACACACCAAUGUAUAACGCUUUUGGCUUCGUCGAUAGUCAGCCCAUCAUUAUCGGUCUACUUAUUGUAACAAUGUAUAUUUUAAUACCACUGAAUACAAUCUUUAAUUGUAUUAUCGUGGUGAUCAGCAGAAUACAUGAAUUUCAAGCAGAUCUUUUUGCCACGAAAUUAGGCCACGGCGAGGCUUUAAAAGCAGCUCUUUUAAAAUUACAGAAGGAUAAUUUGGGAUAUCCUUUACAUGAUAAAUGGUAUUCCUGGUGGAAUCAUUCACAUCCGCCUACCAUCGAACGAUUGGAAGCGGUAGAUAAAACCAAAUAAGGGGC